GCCUCCAUGCAAUUUACCCGCCCGACCCAUCUUCCCACAGUUCAACUAGAAUAGAAAAUUAAUGUCUUUGAAAGAGAAAGAAAAAAAAAGAAAAAAAGAAAAAAGAAAAAAAAGAAUAGAAUUUUUUUUAAACCGAAAAGCUGAAGUCGAAUGCCCUGAUGAUCAACCUCAGAUUAGAGGAAAGGAGGUUGGGAGAGGAGGAAUUUGAAGGAUUUAUUCCGAAAUUUGCUUAUGCGAUUGGUGCUGCUGCUGGACGCGUGCCUGAAGGAAGCACCAGCGAAAAUCAGCAAAUCCAGCAACCUGCGUCCACCGGAGCUCUCCCGGUUACUUAUACUGUUUCUGGCAGUGGAGGCAGUGCCAUCAGAACCAGUGACGUCCAAAUGCAUCUCCCGGUUACUUAUACUGUUUCUGGCAGUGGAGGCAGUGCCAUCAGAACCAGUGAUGUCCAAAUGCAUCCCGGCUCCCCGAAGUACGAGCACAUCUCGGCCAAUGCCGUUCGCCUCAAGCACCAGCGGAAACUCUUCACAGUUGGAUCUGGAAAUGCAGGCAAGGGGGCAGUUCUCUUCUGCUGGAAUCCCAAAGGUUCUUGUCUGGCGAUAGCCGGUCCGCAGCGCAAAGUUAGUCUUUACAACCGUGGUGGGCGCCUUUGGGAUGAAAUCAUUCUUCCUCAGGUUGACAGUGUGCAACAAGCUGAUGACCAUGGAGAGCCUAUGGCCUCCUGCUGCUUAGCUCUGGAGUGGGAUAUGGGAGGAGACAAACUGGCCAUUCUUCAAAGAGGAAGUAUGGCCAUUAUGCUAUAUGCUAUUGCAACCAAGGAGCGCAUGAAGAUAGACUGCAACAUGAAGUCCCAAUGCGAAUGGACCAAGUGGAAGGAGUCACUCUUCAUGGUCAAAGAUGCUCAGGGGAACGAUCUUCAUGUCCUCUUAGAUGAGAAGCGCGAAUCCCUAGUGACUUUUCUGAAUGCUAUGCAGUUCUGCAAGAAAUGGCGCAAGCACAAGGAGGAAGAACAGUUGUAUGUUGCCUUUGUUCGUCCUACCCAUGUGCCAUCUACUUUUGCGGCUAAUAUCGCUACUACUUUGAUUGAUGAUCGUACUUCUGGUACUUCUAUUUCUAACACCUCUAUCCCUCUACCCUAUAAUAGUCCAAAUGAUCCUACUUCAGAUUCGGUCGUCUCUAUACGCGACUUGCGACCGGACUUUGGUGAUCCCUUUGCUGAUUCCCCACCCCCACUUGUCCCAUCAGACAUCCAAGCCCUCCUCGAUCGGUUUCCGGAAGUCUUGGCCGAGCCAGGUGGAGUCCCCAUGCGACCGGUUCGACACACCAUCGAGUUGGUCGAGGGUGCUAUUCCUCCAAAGGGCUGCGUGUACCGUAUGGGACCCGGCGAGUUGGAGGAACUCCGGCGACAGAUCGAUGAGAUGAUUGACAAAGGGUGGAUCAAACCUAGUGAAUCUGAAUUUGCUGCUCGUGUGUUGUUUGUUCCAAAGAAAGGAGGCAAACUCCGCAUGUGUAUUGACUAUCGCGGUCUAAACGUCAUUACAAGAAAGAACGCCUAUCCAUUACCCCGCAUAGACGAUUUGCUUGAUGCCGUAGGUGGGUGCAAGGUCUUCUCCAAGAUCGAUCUCAAGUCUGGCUACCACCAGAUUGAAGUCGAUCCUGCGGACCAGCACAAGACUGCGUUCAAAACACGCGACGGGCUUUAUGAGUUCAUCGUAAUGCCCUUCGGUCUCACGAACGCACCAGUCACUUUCCAAAGCCUCAUGGACAAGGUCCUCCGCGAACAGAUUGGCCGGUUUGUGGUAGUGUACCUGGAUGAUAUUCUGAUCUUCAGCAAGUCCAUGGAGGAACACCUCAAGCAUCUUGAGGAGGUGCUCGCUAUCCUCAAGAAGACGCAACUCCAUCUCAACUUGGAGAAAUCUGAGUUUGGGAAGGAUAGCGUCAUCUAUCUUGGGCACCGGUUGUCUGCUGCAGGCCUAGAGCCUGAGGCAACCAAGAUUGAGGUCAUGCGCGAUUUGCCUCAGCCUGCGAACAUUCGCGAAUUGCGUUCUUUCCUUGGUCUGGCGUCGUAUUGUCGAAAGUUUGUACCCCGUUUCUCCAUCAUUGCUCGUCCAUUGUCGCGACUAACCAGUAAAAAUGUGCCUUAUUCCUGGGGGCCGCGUGUACGGAAGCUUUUCGAGCUCUCAAGGAAGCCUUGGGCUGUCUUCAUGGAGAUCGUUGCCGCAUGCGCCGCGCACGUUGAGAAGAAGGUGACACAUUACAAUAUGCCAUUGCCUGUGGAGCAGGUCAUUGCUUUCGCGUUAUUCAGGUGGGCGUCCGUCGUCCGGGGAGACGUACGAGAGCGGCACGUCAGUGUUCGGCAUCGGCAGGGCCACUGGAGUGCAGGCCGUGCGCGAUGUAACUUCGACGCUGUUGAAGGCGUACCCCGACUCGAUCAAGUGGCCUGUGGGGCGGAGACGUGUGCAAAUAUUGCACGCUUUUCGGGAGAAGGGUUUCCCGAACUCUUCGGCGAAAUCGACUGCACGCACGUGUACAUUGACAAGCCCGCUGACGCACUGUCAGAUAACUACUACGACCGCAAACAGAAGUUCUCCAUCCAAGCGCAGGUGGUAGGCGAUUUGGAUCUGCAUAUCCUUGACGUCCACCAAUUCGUCGUCGUUUGCACUCUCCAGAACAUCCUCCUGGACUCGGGGAUCGAGUUCGACGAGAACCUACUGUGGGAGGUGGAUGACAACGGCGUCCGGUGUAGAGUGGACUUGGAUAUUGUGGGAAACGGCUUUGGCGGGCAGCAACGAAGCGCGAACGUCGACGAGGACCUGUUGCUGGAUGCACUUCGAGACCGACUGGCUUUGAUCGGUGUGCAGGUUAUCGUGCAGCAGUCUGUGAUCGACGACGACAAGUGUCCGGGUGUCGUGUGUCGUCAUUAGUUUUUUGAAUUCGCAUUGGUUUGUGUUGCACCUCGUGGGGUGUGCGGUUUUCCACUGAUGAUUGGGUGGCGUGUAGCUGUUGUUUAGAGUAGAUGGUUGCGAACCUUAGACGAU